UAAGCACUUAUUUUCUUACAUAUUCAAAAAAAAAUAUUGAUCCUUCAUCAAAUAUAUUCCAACUCUUAAGAAAAAAACUUUGCCAAAAAAAAUAAUAAAAAAUGGCAAGAGAAGGUCUUGGACUUGAAAUAACUGAGCUAAGGUUGGGUUUGCCAUGUGGUGAACCACAAAAGAAUGAGAAGAAGAGGAUGUUUUCCGAGAUUGACGGUGGUGUCGGGGAGGAAAAUGGAGGUUCGGGUGAUCGGAAAAUUAUAGAGAAGAAGAAUCAAGUUGUUGGGUGGCCUCCGGUGUGUUCGUACCGAAAGAAGAACAUGAAUGAAGGUUCAAAAAUGUAUAUGAAGGUUAGCAUGGAUGGAGCUCCUUACUUGCGUAAGAUUGAUCUUGGUUUGCAUAAGGGAUACUUGGAAUUGGCUUUGGCUUUGGAGAAGCUCUUUGGUUGUUGUGGAAUUGAAGAAGCAUUGAAGGAUGCAGAGAAUUGUGAACACGUUCCCAUUUAUGAGGACAAAGAUGGUGACUGGAUGCUGGUUGGAGAUGUCCCUUGGGAAAUGUUUAUUGAAUCAUGCAAGAGGUUGAGGAUUAUGAAGAGGUCAGAUGCAAAGGGUUUUGGUCUACAACCAAAAGGAUCUUUAAAGAGAUUCAUAUAGAAGAAGGCAUGGCAAACUGAAAGAUAUGUUAGGUUUUCUAAUCAAUGAAGAUCAUCAAUUUGAAAUUAUGUUGUUUUUUUUUAAUUAUAUUCGAGAAGUAUUCCUUUAUACUAUAUAGUUUGUUAUGAAUGAACUAGGCUUCAAUCAUUAUGUUUAUUUUAAUUUUUUAUAUAUAAAAAAUAUAUAGGAACCAUUUUUAUUAAGGACUUAAAAGAUAUGUAUUGUCGGUGUUAUUGAGUGAAUUCCUUCAUUGAAAGGAAAAAGUAGUGUUUUUGUUGAAAA